UGUAUUCAUUUGAAUGGUAAGACUGUGAAACGCUAGCAAACCUGCACAGAGAGGAGUUGCGCUUGAGUUUAACCAUUUUGUCACGUUUUGGAUUUACGUACCUGCGGACACCUGAAGACACAUGACAAAAUGAACCGUGUCCCUUAUUAUGGCAGCUGGUGAGCAUGUCUGGCAACGGGAAGUCUUUAAGGUCAACCGGAAUAAACCCAAUGGCUUUCUGUGAUCCUGCCAGCAUCUUUCUGCUGAAAAGAACAUGAAGCAGGUGGAUAUUAUAAAUAAGGAAGAAUUAGAUAAAGAAAGAUUUCAAGUGCAUUACGGAGUGCGCAGUCCCGGCACAGCAAAGCGAUUGUCAUCUUGCAAGAGGAAGGGUUGUCCAUUGGUGGAGGUGGGCUUGAAGCUGCACCGCAAAACAUCAGAUGUAGGCCGUGGCUGUGACCCCGGCAUGGCCAAUAAAGAAAAUGAGCUGACAUGCUCCGAUGAUGUGCGGGGCAUUCACUACAAUGACAACUGCGGGCUCCCUGUGAACUCUGCAGAGGCCUCCAAGAUGGCAGGGGCCAGCUCUAAGUACAGUGAAUUUACUGAGCUAUCAAAGGACCAUGAAGCUAUGACACAUGUCCUUUUUGGAAGGAAUCUACGACUUAAAGUAGCACUAACACUAUGGCGAAGAAAUGCCAGUGAAUUAGUGGCCUACCUAUUAAGAAUUCAAGACAUGGGUGUGCUGCUUGACUGUUUACCUGUCUUAACAAACAAUCUUCAGACUGAAGCACCAUGUUUGUCACUUGGCUGCUGUGUUGACCUCCUGCCCCAAGUGAAAGUGAUUCUUGCCAGUAAAUACGAAGAACACAUCAUGGUGGGUUUACACUGGGUUCAAUCCGUCAUCAAGAAAUGGUGGCCAGAACUUUCAAAGAAUGAGAAAAGACUGCGGGACAGUUGUUCAGAAGACAGGAAUAUUGAAGUCAUGAAGCAGCGGCUGAAGGACUUGUGGAGGGAAGGAGCCCGCUUAUGUUUGGUUCCAGGAUCUACAGGAGAACUGGCAAAGGCCAUAGAGGCUUAUCUAUCACAGCUGCCCUGACAGUUGUCAAUGUAGCACUCUGAGGAUGUGACCACUACUGCCGGAUCAUGGCUGUGUUUCAACCUGAUAAUGAUGCCAGAGAAAUGGACUGGUUCAUUCUGCCACUUAAACUCAAACCUCUUACUGGGACUGAACUUGGUAAUUCAGACCACUCCCUCAGUGAGAGCUGGAGACUCUUAAGGAGGGCUCCGAGAGCCUUUCUGCAAAAAAAAAAACAAAAAAAAAA